AUGCCCUUCAUCACCCUAAACCAAAAAUCAAUCUUCUACACCCUCACCCCUCAAACUGAAAAUCUCCAGAACCCGGUAACUACACUCUUGAUCCACGGGCUGGGUUCCUCGUCUACUUUCUACCAUACUGUUAUUCCCUCCCUCUCUAGCGUCUCAACAUGUAUUGCUCUCGACACGCCCGGAUCAGGAUUGUCUUCUCUCGGCGAUUCGAAUUCCCCACAAACUGUAGCGUCGAUUGUCAAUGAUUCAAUUGCACUUCUCGAUGCACUUUACGAAACAGCAGUUGAGGGAAAAGUCUGGGUGGUGGGCCACUCGAUGGGUGGGAUUAUUGCGUGUGAGCUUGCUAUUCGAUAUGCACAAAGAGUUGAGGGGUUGGUUUUGAUAGGACCGGUGGUGCCAAGUCCAGUUUUAACAGAGGUUUUUGGGAAGAGGAUUGAAACGGUUAGGAAAGAUGGACUUGAAUCGCUCGCCAAUUCGAUACCAGAGGCUGCUACAGGUGCUCAAGCUUCGUCUACCCAGAAAGCUUUUAUCAGGAGUUUGAUCCUCGGGACUAGUACCCAGGGCUACAUAUCAUCAUGUGAAGUUAUUGCUUCGGCUAGUAGACCGGAUUAUGCUAAAAUCGACGUACCGAUGAUGAUCCUAGCUGGUAGUGAAGAUAAGACGGCUUCAUAUGAGGGGUGUAGAAUGAUUCAUGAUGAAGCGGGUGUGACUGCACAGAAGAAAUGUGUUAGGGUUCUUCCAGGGGUUGGUCAUUGGCAUGCUAUUGAGGCGCCGGAAUCUGUGGCAAAGGAGUUUAAGCAAUUUGUUGAUAGUUUCAAUAAUUAA